ACUACCAACCCGGCAGCCGUCGAACCCCCCUGCUCGGCCACUUGCUCUUCUCCCCCCUCCGUUCCGCCCGAUGCUCGCCGCCACCACCGCCUCCCUCCCCCCGCCGCUCCGCCGCUCACCGCGCGCAACCUCCCUCGGUGGUCCCCAUGGAUGCGAGGCUGGGGCCCGCUCUCUCAACCCGCGGCCCCGCAGCCGGCGGACUCUAGCCUGCCGCGCGGAGCUGCAGCAGGACGCGCCGUUCGUCGCCGCCAUCGGCGCCUGCGUGCUCGCGUCCCUCGCGCUCCCGCCGCCCAGGGUCCGAGGAGAGGCGGCGGAAGAGGAGGACGACGGGGAGUUCGGCGCGACGGACACGAGGAUGGGCGUGAUGGCCAUCAUCUCCUUCCUGCCUUACUUCAACUGGCUGAGCUGGGUCUUCGCGUGGCUCGACAGCGGCAGCAAGCUGUAUCUGCUCUACGCGGCCGUCUAUUUGGCUCCUUACCUUAGAACGAACUUAUCGCUCUCCCCUGAUGAGAGCUGGUUGCCUAUUGCGAGCAUCUUCAUCUGCAUCUUACAUGUUCAGCUAGAAGCAGGCAUCAGGAAUGGUGAUAUUGAGGGCUUCAUGUUCUUUCAAAAAGCACAGAAUCUUCUCUUUCCCAACGCUAUGAAAGAAAAGGAUGGCCACCGUGCAAAGAAGAGAGAAUCCCUCAGAACGGGACAUCGGGGCAACUCAAGAAUACCUUCAGCUCACGAGUCCAGAGAGAAGCUUCGCAACUCAGAUAUCUUCAAGAAAAAACUUGAUGAGCCCGAUGAGCAACAAAAGAAAUCAGACUGGCAUUGAACUUGACGGCGUUCUCCUGUUGUAUGGCACCAGAAGUGGUUCCAGACAGAUCCUUGCUUAUGUAGCUGCAGAGAGUCAUGUGUGGGUUGCACGUGAAGCUGGGUUGAUGUUGUAUGUGGCAGGCUUGUGGUUUCAGAUUCCUAGUGUUGAAUUAGAGGUGUAGCUAGUUUCUACGAUGUUGUGUUGUUACAUGUCAUAAUUUGUCAGUUUGCAAUUUGUUUUCUAAGCAUUAAAUAUGUGGCUUAUCAAAAGCACUAGCCGGUAACACAAUUGCAUCUCCAUUUUUUUGGAAUGAUAAAACAAUGCCUCUUCUAGAGGAUGUAAUGCUUCUCCAAGGUCCA